UGGUGACCCAUGAAGCGCGGCGGCAGGACGAUGGUGGAGAGGAGCAGCAAGUUCCUGCUGGUGGUGGCGGGCUCGGUGUGCUUCAUGCUCAUCCUGUACCAGUACGCGGGGCCGGGGCUGAGCCUGGGCGCGCCCAGCGGCCGCGCGGGCCAGGACGAGCCGGACCUCUUCCCCACGCCGGACCCGCACUACGUGAAGAAGUACUACUUCCCCGUGCGGGAGCUGGAGCGCCGGCUGGCCUUCGACAUGAAGGGCGACGACGUGAUCGUCUUCCUGCACAUCCAGAAGACGGGCGGCACCACCUUCGGCCGCCACCUGGUGCAGAACGUGCGCCUCGAGGUGCCCUGCGACUGCCGGCCCGGCCAGAAGAAGUGCACCUGCUACCGGCCCAACCGGCGCGAGACCUGGCUCUUCUCGCGCUUCUCCACCGGCUGGAGCUGCGGGCUGCACGCCGACUGGACCGAGCUCACCAGCUGCGUGCCCGGCGUGCUGGACAAGCGGGAGAGCGCCGCCGCCGCCGCCAAGCCGCCCAGGUGA